AUGAAUAAUAAGUUAUCACCUACCAAUAAAACACUUUUUAUACCCGAUUAUGACUUUCCAUUAGAUAAUUCGGAGGAUGAUUAUAAUACUAGUGACGAUAGUGAAAAUGAUGAAAAUAUAAUACUUGUAAACGAAACUGAGAAUAAAGAAAAUACUCUCUCUAAACUUUCUGGACAUUAUGAGGAAAUUUUUAUUGAAUAUGAGAAGAAUGAACUCGUUUGUAAAGCAUAUCUAUCACUAAAGUCAUUCUUUACAACUGCUAAGUGCUCUUGUUUAAACAAAAAAAGGAAUAUUAAAAAGAAGUGCUUUGAGAUAGUAGGCUUUCAUAGAUUCUUUGAACGCCAUUUGCAAUUCCGAGGACUGAGUCAUGAGCAAUUAGAUUAUAUUCUAAUGGGUCAAUUAUUAGCAUUUGACAAUGAAGCAGAUGGUAAAUCAAAUGAAAAAAAAAGGCGAUAUUCUCUAUGUUAUCGCUUUAAUAAUCGUAUCACCUUAUGUAAGAAUACCUAUCUAAAGCUUGUUGGAGUAAGUGAAAAAAAACUGUUAGUUAUUUUAUCACAUCUUAAAAAAACAGGCAUCAUUUUAAGAGUUCAUGGAAACACUAAACGCAUUCCACAACGAAAUACAAAAGUUACAAUCAAUUAUGAACUUGCAAAAGAAGUGAGAACAUUUAUUACCAAUUAUGCUUCUGUAAAUGGUUUACCAUCUCCUGGUCGUCACUUAUCUAAAGUUACAUCUGCACUUAUUUAUCUACCGACUAAUGAAAAUUACACAACUGUUUUUGAGCACUUUCAACAAUCAAUGAGACUUACAUUUGAUAAUGAACUGAAAAUAAUAUCUCGGAAUUCUUUUGUACGCUUAUGGAAGGCUUUAACACCUCAUAUAACAUUUCUGAGACCGCAAUCUGACUUGUGUGCUGUCUGUGAAGAACUUCGUUACAAAAUUGCACAUAAUAAUGAUUCUCAAAGAAAAGAGGAUAUUAUCAAAGAAUAUAGCGAUCAUUUGCAAGUGGCUAGGCUGGAGCGAAAUUAUUAUCAAUGUAAUAUCACACAGGCUCAACAGGAUACCGAACAAUUUUCUAUUAAGCAACUAAUUCAGAACCCAUUAUUAAAGUCUAUCGAUGCAACGGCUCACUACUGCUAUGACUGGGCACAAAGUGUACCUAUACCACAUUCCCCUCAACAAGUUGGUCCUCUAUAUUUCAAAAGUUUACGUUCAGCCAGUAUCUUUGGUGUGACAGAUACAGGAAUCCUACCUACACCUGUACAAACUAACUACAUCAUUAAUGAGGGUGAAUUUCCGGUUGGUGCAGCAAAAGGAGCGAAUGCUACAUUGAGUAUGGUACACAACACGCUAAUGAAAAGGAAUCGGGGGGAGAAAAGACUGAAAAUUACUUGUGAUAAUUGUAGUGGGCAAAAUAAGAACAACACAUCUUUUUUCUAUUAUUGUUGGCUGACUUUAAAUGGAACUUACGAUUCAGUUGAGAUUAACUUUAUGAUUCCGGGUCAUACUAAAUUUAUCUGUGACCGUUAUUUUGGACUUCUAAAGACUUUAUACCAUAAAACUCGAAUAAAUACAAUUGAUGAUGUGGUGAAAGUUGUCAUGCACUCCACUAAGAACGGCAUUAACAAAGCAAUACAAUAUCAAGGUGGAGAGGGUUGGACCUAUUAUGAUUUCACACAAUAUUUUGCACCACACUUCAGUAAGAUCCCACAUCUUAAGCAAUACCAACAUUUUCUAUUUAGAAGUAAUGAGCCUGGCAAAGUUUUUUGUCAGAAGUCGUUCAAUAGUGAAUAUGAGACUUUUACGUUACUUAAACUGAGCAAUAAUUUUGAUCCUUUUGCGCCUGCUCCUAUAUUAAAUACUCAACCAGUCUCUUAUACGAGACAGAAAUAUUUAUAUGAUGAAGUUCGAAGGUUUGUAGAUGAUCCAUAUAAAGAUAUACAGUAA